AUGGCUAUUGAUUCCUAUAGUGUUGGGGUUAUACAGACCGAGCAAGGGAACCAGGACGAACAGACGAAAGACUCUGGCUCAUCUCGCUCAAUUGGCCCAGGUGAUGUUAUUUCGCUCGAUCAAGUGGACCUGGCACUAGCUGCCAAAAUGAACCUUGUCAAUGAUACAAUUGAUAGAAUCGGGUUCACACGCUACCACGCAAAACUAUUUUUUCUGAAUGGAUUUGGGUACGGAGUUGAUUCGCUAUUGCUAUUCCUGAUGAGUAUUUCGGCCGAGCAAGUUGUGGCACAGUAUCCUCCGAAAUUUACAAGGGGCGCACAGCUGGGCUUCUAUUUGGCACUUCUGGUAGGAGCUCUAUUUUGGGGUAGUACAGCAGAUGUCAUCGGGCGGAAAUGGGCAUUCAACUUCUCCCUGCUGAUCAGUGCAGUCUUUGCGAUCACUGCUGGUGCUGCCCCAAAUUAUGCUAUAUGGGCAAUUUUUGUUGCAAUUUCGGCGUUUGGAUCUGGUGGAAACCUGGUUCUUGAUACAACGGUUUUCUUGGAGUACCUUCCUUCUAACAAGCAAUGGCUUCUGACCCUUCUAGCGGGCUGGUGGGGCAUUGGCCAGACCGUAGCUGGUCUUGUGGCAUGGGGAUUCAUGGCAAAUUAUAGUUGCCCUUUAGAUGGAUCCAUUCCUUGCACCAACUCAAACAACAUGGGCUGGAGAUAUCUAUUCUAUACCUGUGGAGCCCUUGUUUUCGUCCUGAGCAUUGCUCGGGUUCUUGUUAUACGUUUCCAUGAGACACCAAAGUUUCUUCUAUGUCAAGGGAAUGAUGAAGCAGUUGUUAAGACGCUCCAAGAUCUUGCCGAGAAGCAUAGUCGAGUAUGCAAUUUAACUCUUGACCAGCUCCAAAGAUGUGGUCAAAUCAACAGCGCGCAUGCGCAGAGCAAGGUCUCAUUUUCUGAGGUAGUCCUCCAUAUUAGGGGUUUGUUUGCGACACAGAAAAUGGUGCUCUCUACAUCCCUAGUAUGGAUUUCCUGGGCUAUGAUCGGACUUGGCUAUGCAUUGUAUUAUGUUUACUUGCCUGAGUACCUGGCCUCUCGGGAUGCAUCUACUGGGGAGUCGUCUGCAGAUGUUACUUGGAGAAACUAUGCAAUCACCAACUUGUGUGCAAUCCCAGGCCCUAUAAUAGCAGCCGGCAUGUGUGAAAUGCCUAUUCUUGGGAGAAAGGGGACUAUGGCGCUCGGAGCAUUUGCUACAAUGGCCUUUUUCUUCGGUUACACCACUGUGCGCACAGGUGCAGAAAAUUUGGGUUUCUCAUGUGCGAUAUCGGUUACCAUCAACAUAUACUAUGCAACUUUAUAUGCUUAUACCGUCGAGGUCUUACCCUCAGCCCACCGAGGAACCGGAAAUGGUAUAGCCGUUGCACUGAACCGACUGAUGGGUAUGGUGUCUGCUCUCAUAGGAGCCUUUACUUCGACUUCAAGUUCAGUUCCCAUCUAUGUCUGUGCUGCUCUGUUGGGCUUCUGUGGUAUCCUUGCCAUGAUCUUCCCGCUCGAAUCACGUGGAAGACGAAGUAUCUAA